AUGAGAAAUAGGAAAAUAGGUAACAAGAAGGAUAUAGGCCAUAAGAAACGUAGGAAACUUGGUUUAAGUACUGCAGAAGAAGUAUUUGAAAUGAAUUCUCUUAAUGAGAGAAUUAAUUUCGAUAUAGUUCUGCAUAGUCAUGUAGAACAGAUAUUAUCGAAAUACAGGUCUUACAGUACUCUCAAUAGUAUUUAUGUUCCAGGGCUAUUACCUUAUGUUAUGGAUAUCCUUGCAAAGAUGGUGAAUUUUAAGUUGAAAUAUCCACUAUCCAAGCACUACCCCCAUUUGGGUAAAUUAGAAAUAUAUGAAAAUAACUGUAGAAACAAGUUAGAAGAGAAAUUGAUUUCAAAUAUAGAUCUAGAUAAUAUUAGGAUUAUAAAUAUGGACAUUAAUGCAGCAAAUAUAACUGAGAUCCUACAACUUAAAUGCUUUACAGUUGAUUUAAGUAUAUUAAUGCCUAGUGAAAUAUUUGAUUCUAAAGAUUACUUAAAUUAUAUAUAUUUUAUGAAGAGAGCAUCGUUUGUUGGAGAAUUGUAUAACCACUUUAAAAGUGAAUUUUCUAUUAAUAAAAUUAAAGGCAUUAAAGUUAAUUCUUUGAAUCAUAAUAAGCUCCUACAACUCUCAAAUAAUCAUAGUAGUUUAAACAAUGUGAAGUUAUCUAAUUUAAUAGACAAUUUUUUAAUUAAGAAUACUGGUAUAUACAUCGAGUAUUUAAAUGAUUUAAGUUACACACCAACUUUAUGCUUAAACUUUGAACUUGAUAAAUCUUUCAGCUCAAAAACUAAGGAAAUAUUAAAUUGUAAAUUUCGUCUUCUACCAUGUUUUGAGUCUGAUUGUAUACCAAUUAAAGCACUUUCACCAUAUAGGAACUGUGUAAGAAAUCCAAUUUCUUAUACAGAUAAUGAGACAACAAAAAUAUCUAAUCCUGGGCUACUUCCACCAACUCCUCAAUAUAAUGGGGCUCUUUUAAGUAAUUGUUUAAUUAAUGAACAAACUAAAGAAUUUGUUGAAUUAUUUCAAAGAUCAGAAAUUAUUAAGGAUACAUUAAUUUUAUUAAUUUUGUGGUCAGGAAGAUGGAACUUAACUGGAAAUUAUACAUUAGAAAAUAAAGAAUAUGGCAAUUUCACAAUAAUUAAUGGAUUAGGAGUAGAAAUAUUGGCUUUUUUAUUACGUCAUAUAUAUGGAAAUGAUACAAAUGGAUUUAUAUUAAAAUUAACUCCUUUACAAUUAUUUCGUAUAACUUUAACUUCUUUAAAAUUAAUGAUCGAAUCUUGGCUAAAUGGUAACAAUGGCUAUUAUAUUAUUGGAAAUAAUCAGGUAAUAUCUCAAAAAUUAUUUGAUUUUAAAGAAUUUGAAAAUAAGACAGACAAACUCCAUUUAUUUAACAGUAACUUCAUCUGUAAACAAUUAUUUAUUUUGUAUGAUAAAUCAAUGAUAUUUAAUAUUUUUUGGAGAUAUCAAAGUAUUCUAGAAGAAUUAAAAAAUACUAUAAAUAAAACACUUACAAUUUUAAAUUAUAGUAAACCUAAAUGUUACGAAUAUACAAUUAAUAGUAUCUUUAUGAUACCAAAUGAAUAUAAUGAUAUAACUAAAACAUUUGGAUCUAGAUUUAACUUAUUUUAUUUUGAUGCAUGCUUUCUUAUUACUUAUCCCAUGGAUUAUAAACCUUUGAAAGCUUCAAUGUUUUAUCCUAAAUCAAAUGAUGAUCCCUACUAUGUUAAAAUACCAGAUAGUAAUAAACAAAUGAGACUUAUAGAAUUAAGAUGGGAAGAUUUCGUAUCAUCAAAUUUAUUAGAUCUGAUUAAACGACUACUUGUAAGAGGUUACUCAGAUCGUUUGAAUUCUAUUUGUUUACGAGAAGUUAGUAUAAAUAAUGGUUAUAGCUGCAUAGUAGGGUUAAAAUUUUCUCCAAAUAUUGUUCGUUUUAUUGAUAGGGGACCUAAUGUAGGAACAAAGGAAGCACAAAACUUCCAAAAUUUUUGGGGAGAAAAAGCGGAGAAGAGACGUUUUAAAGAUGGAAGUAUAGUUGAAACAAUAGUAUGGGAUAACAAUGUAGUACAAGAUGGUUCUAAGCAUUAUAUUUUUCAAACAAACAAUAUAUACUCACAAAUAUUUAAUUACAUUAUUUCUAUGUAUUUACCAGGAGCUAGUAUUAACUCUUUAGAAAAUGGAAUUCCAAUUAUAUGUUCCACUAUAUGCCCAUUUGGAGUUACAGAAUCAUACAAUAAUAAUGAAAGCAAUGUAUAUGAUUCAUUUAAUAACUUUAAAACUAAAAUUUUACAGUUAACUUCUAUACCAUUAACAAUAAAAUCUGUUUCAUCACCUAGUCCCUAUUUAAGAUUUAUGGAUUAUUCACAUUAUAUAACUAGUAAAUCAAGCAAUAAAAUUGCAUCUGAUUUCAACAAAGAUUUAAGACCUAUUCCUUGUAUUAUUGAAAUGGAGCAGUCUAAUGCAUGGCCACAAAAUAAUGAUGCUAUUGAAAAAAUUAAGAUAGCUUUUCUCCUAACAAUAAGAAAGGAGCUUAUUGAAAUUCAUGGGAUCGGUAGUGAUAUAGUCCCAAAAAUAAGUAAAAAUAAUUCUUACAGUUUAGAUGAACUAAAAGAAUCAUAUAAUGAAUAUGUGGAUGACUUUACUCCUUUCUUAGAUAUAUAUUGGGAUUCUACAACAACUUUUAGAUUAUGUAUUUUCCAUCCAAAUGAAUUUAUUGAAUUAGCUCAAAAGACUAUUGAAAUAGAAAAAUUAACACAAGAUACCAUUAUAAAUAAUAUAUUAAAACCCCUAAAUUUAUCAAAAUUGAAAUCUUUAUGGUGGAAUGCUAAGACAAGUGAAAGAUUAAGUAUUCUUGGAAAUAUAUUUCCACCUUUUCGAGCUACUGUUAAAAAACUCAAACAUUUUGCUUCUAUACAUAAAAUACAAUCUAGUGAAGAGUUCAUAGAACAUAUUGUAGCUUAUAUAUAUAUAUCUUCUAAGUAUCCUUGGUCUUAUUUAGAUACCCCAACAACUCCAACAACUGGGUUCAUACGUGCUUUAUGGUUAUUAGCAAGUAAUGAUUGGAGUAAUAUACCUUUAAUAGUAGAUUUAAAUUAUCAGAAAAACGAAAAUAGUGAUAUUACCUUUAUGUCUGAAGAAAUUUAUGAUAAACUAGAAAUGAUUUAUCAUACUAAAAAAAGAUCAAGUAAUGGAAAAUUACCCUAUUUCUAUAUUUCUAGUGAAUAUGAUCCUCAAUGCUUGAUGAUUAACUUACCAAGUAAUUAUAAUUCCAAAAGACUUAUUCAUAUUGCUAAAUUAUAUAUUAAAACUAUUAUUAAUAAUUCUCCAUCACUACCCAAAAAUGAAUUAUUAAUGCUAGCUAAUAGGGAACCAGUUUCUGACCUAGUUUUAACAUUAGAAACAAAUUAUAAUAUUCUGAUUCACCCUCAAUCAAAAAAAUCUGGUAAAUUUGCUGAAUUUCAAGCAAAAUAUGUAAAUUUAGAUUCAAAAGAAGCUCUAAAAUAUGGUAUAACUAAGGUGAAUUCUUUUAUCUUAUCUAUAGAAUUAUUUUACCAUUUAAUUAGUGAUUUAAAGGUUCAAUGGGGUGAACUUAUUGAAUUUAUUUUUGAUCCAUAUCAACAACCAUAUCCAGACAAAAUAUAUAUAAAAUAUAAACCUACUUCUCUAUUAGCAAAGCCAAUAAAGUUUCAGUUAGAUACUACAUUAUCAAGUUGUAUCUUAAAAUCAGAUAAUAGUGAUAUACUUAUAAGAAUCCCAAAUUUAUUAUUAUUGUUUAAAUAUAUAUGGGAUAAAAAUAAGGGUUUUAUUGCAUCUAUUAAAAUAAAUUAA